AUGUCAUCAGUAGCAGAAGGACCACGUAGUUUGCAAAAGAGAAAGCCAGCAGCAAAGAAAGCAGAAUCAGCACAGGAGAAACCAGCCACUGUGAAUUCCAACAACCCAAUAUUCAAGAUCUACUCCGAUGAAGCCAAUGGGUUGAAAGUGGACCCCUUGGUAGUUUUGUUCCUUGCUGUCGGAUUUAUCUUCUCCGUCGUUGCCCUACAUGUUAUCUCCAAGCUAACUUCCAAAGUCUUUUAA